AUGAGAGUUGUCUUCAAGAGUCUGUUGUUUUUACUGGGGUUUUUCUCAGUUCAAACGAAGGGAGGAACUGAAGUGAACAUAGCAACAUGGGGCAAAGCCAAUCAAUCGACACAGGCCUACAACUGGUAUCCCUCAAACGCUCUGGAUGGGAAAAACUCCACCUGCACUCAUACAGAUGUACAGAGUGACCCGUGGUGGAAGCUGGACCUGAUGAAGACGUACAGUGUGAACAGAGUGACCAUCACUAACAGACACGACUGCUGUAGUUACAGGAUAAACGGGUCAGAGAUUCGGGUUGGAAACAAUUCUUCAGAUCUUUUCAGAAACCCUGUAUGUGCUGUAGUUUCUUCUAUUCCAGCAGGAGCUACCUACAGCUACUCGUGUGGUGGGAUGAAGGGACGUUACGUUACUGUGAAUAUUCCUGGAACUUCAAAGAUUCUGACUCUCUGUGAAGUGGAAGUCUAUGUGAUUUUUCCAGGUAAUUUGGCAACAGGAAGAACCGUUACACAGUCAUCAACCUAUGGACUGUGGUCUGCAGAACAGGCCAUUGACUACAAUCCAGGUUUCAUCCAGCCAUCAUCAUCGUGUUCCUCAACCAAUAUUCAGACUAACCCAUGGUGGAGAGUGGAUCUGAGUUCUGUGCACCGAGUUAAUAGAGUCAUCAUCACAAACAGACUAGACAACUCUACAGAACGAAUAAACGGAGCACAGAUUCGCAUCGGAAACUCUUUGGAGAACAACGGCAACAGCAAUCCCAUAUGUGCUGUGAUCUCUAGCAUUCCGGCUGGUGUUUCCUCCACCUACACCUGUAAUGAUAUGGAGGGUCGAUACGUGAAUCUGUUCAUUCCUGGAUAUUCAAAGUGUCUUACUCUGUGUGAGGUGGAGGUCUAUGAAGAAGAUCCUUCUGUCCAGGAAGAAUCUUGUGAAGAUGAAGUUUGAGUCUGUGUGAACCUCCAGCUCCUGUCACCGUCAGCCCUGGUGGAACGAGGGUCUCAACCGCACUAAAAGGAACUGAUGUUGAAGGAAGCUGUGCCAAGUCAAUGUUUUCCUACAAACACUGUAAAACAGAGAAGGAAUAUUGAUUUUGAAGUAAAUUAUUCAAAGAAAUAUGCAUUUAUUUGGUAAUUUGCUUUGAUGACCACAAUAAAUUUGUAUGUGAAAAUGUAAAAUGAUUGGAUCUUCAGGAAUUAGUGCUACAUUGUAAAGUCCAUCCAGUGUUAAUUUCACUGACGGAAAAUAUGAAUCAACUUGUAUCAGGUGUAGGUGUAAUAUUAGGUGUGACCUAAUAUAACUUCAUAAAGUGUCAGAGGACUUAGUCCAUAAAAUAAAUAUAGUUCUUAAAUGUG